UCCGCCCAACAGGCGCCGACGCAGUCAUGCGGUCCCCGUGCGCGAAGUUGCUCGGCUCACUGCUGCUCAGUGUCCUUACCCUCUCACCCUCGACCUACUCACCGGCCUCAGCCAUGCGCGUGGGCAGCUGGAAUCUGCGGUACGACUCGCAGCCCGACAAUAUCACCGUCGCGGACUCCCUCGCCGCGCUCGGUGACCCGCUUCAGGAACCUACCUACUUGCAGAAUACGAGCGAGAGGCCCUGGAGCACCCGCCGAGUGCGAGUUGCUGAGCUUCUGCUGAACAAGGGGGUCGAGGUGAUAGGAUUUCAAGAGGCUCUUGUGCGGCAGGUGAAUGACCUACAAGAGCUCCUCGGCUCGGACUGGUCAUGGGUUGGUGUAGGGCGCGACGAUGGGGUAGAGGCUGGUGAGUAUAGCCCUAUCUUCUGGAAGAACUCGACCCUACAGCUCCUCGACUGGGACUACUUCUGGACUUCCAGCACUCCCUUCGAGCCCUCUAAGUACGAGGGCGCAGGCUCCUACCGCAUCUGCACCGUCGCGCACUUCCAACCUGCCACUGGACCGACGCUCACCGUCUUCAACACCCACAUGGACGACCAGUCGGAUGACCAGCGGCGUCUGGCAGCGUCCCUCGUCCUCUACCGUGCGCGAUAUGAGGCGGUCAACGCGGGCGGUCCCGUCCUGGUUAUGGGCGAUUUCAACAGCCCUCCCACGGGCGGCGACAGCGGCGCAUACAAUAUCUCCACCGGCGUACUUGAGCCAGUCGCCAUCAACCAGACCUUUGCGGACAAGUACGCCGUCACGGAUGAUCAGCUUCCAGACUUCACGCUCCUCGACUUGCGCGGGCAGACCCCACGACGGAGCGUGUCGAGCAACUUUGCGACCUUCACCGGGUUUACGCCGCCGAAUAACGCUUCAGACUGGGGCAGGAUUGACUUCUUGUUCGGAGGGUCGAAUGGGGGAUGGACCUCUACCGCGUAUCACGUCGAUCCCUCGCUGACGGACGAUGGCCUGUAUAUGAGCGACCAUCGCCCGGUGUUUGUCGAUGUGUCCUUGGAUUGAGGGUCAGGGUUUGGAUGUAUCUCCUGAUGCAAGGGUGUACAAGUACAAGCUCAACGACUGUAGCCAUGUAGAGUUUUUCAAUUGGGAUAAGGCCUUCACUGAGA